AACAUUCACUAUAAUUCAUUUGAGGGAAAUUAUGCAUUAUGGAGACAAAAAUGAAAAAAUCCCUUUACAUUGGGCUGCUGGAAAUGGGCAGAUAGAGGUAGUAAAUGCUCUAUUAGCACAAAAAGGUAUAGAUUUUAAUGCUGAAGAUGAAGAUAGAUACACUCCUUUACAUCUAGCUGCUAAAAAUGGGCAGAUAGAAGUAGUAAACGCCCUAUUAGCACAAGAAGGUAUAGAUUUUAAUGCUAAAGAUGCAUAUGAAAAAACUCCUUUACAUUGGGCUGCUGAAAAUGGGCAGAUAGAGGUAGUAAAUGCCCUAUUAGCACAAGAAGGUACAGACAUUAAUGCUAAAGAUUCAUAUGAAAAAACUCCUUUACAUCUGGUUGCUGAAAAUGGGCAGAUAGAAGUAGCAAGCGCCCUAUUAGCACAAGAAGAUGUAGAUAUUGAUGCUAAAAAUAAAGAUGGAGAUACACCUUUACAUCUGGCUACUCAAAAUGGUUAUAAAGAGGUAGUAAAUGCUCUAUUAACAAAAAAGGACAUCAAGAUUGAUAUUAAAGGUCAACACAAAAAAACUCCUUUACAUUUGGCCGCUGAAGGGAAGAAUAUAGAGAUAGUAAAUGCUCUAUUAGAAAAAGGUGCAGAUGUUAAUGCUCAAGAUGAAUAUGAAAUAACUCCCUUACAUCUGGUUGCUGCAAGGGGGUAUAUAGAGGUAAUAAAUACUCUAUUAGCGAAAGAAGGUGUAGAUAUUAAUGCUAAAGAUCGAAGUGGAAACACACCUUUACAUCUGGCUGUUCGAUAUGGUCAUAAAGAGGUAAUAAAUGCUCUAUUAAAAAUAGAUGCAUAUAUUAAUGCUAAAAAUCAAAAUGAAAGCACUCCUUUGCAUUGGGCUGCUGAAAAUGAGCGGAUAGAUAUAAUACAGGCCAUAUUAGCAAAAGAAGGUGUAGAUAUUAAUGCUAAAGAUAAAUAUGGAGACACUUCUUUACAUUGGGCUGCUGACAAUGGUUAUAAAGAUGUAAUACUGGUUCUGUUAGCAAGAGGUGCAGAUCCUUUGUUAAGGAAUAGUUAUGAUAUGACUCCUAUAUCUUUAGCUAAGAAUAAUGAGAUAAGACAGCUUCUUCAAGAUGCAGAAAAUGAGUUGCGGAAGAUGAAAGACAUAAAAAUUAGCAAGAGUAAGAUAUCACUUUAUAAAUUUCUGCAAGCAAAUGAGGCUAGUUUAACGCGUUGCGCACAAAACCUUAUAUUUCUCCUGGAAGUGAGACAUAGUAAAGAGCAAUAUAAAAAAGAUAACCCUAUCUUUGCUAAAAUAAUAGAUGCUCAAUAUGAAGCUAUGGAAGAAAGAGUACGUCUAGAAAAGGAAGCUAGCAGUGCAAUGGUACGUAUGUAUCAACUUUCUGGUAUGAAAGUGCAUGAACAUCUCAGCAGACUAAUAGUUGCUAAUCUUAUAAAUAUCGAGUUAAAAAAAUUAAUUAUUGCAAACAUUAAUGCUAUAGAUAAAGAAGAUGGAAGAGCUCUUUUGCAUUUGGCUGCUGAAAAGGGUCAGAUAGAUGAAGUGAAGGAUCUAUUAGAAAGAGGUGCAUAUAUUAAUGCUAAGGAUCAAAGUGGAUAUACUCCUUUACAUUUGGCCUCUGCGACUGGUCAUGCGGAUAUAGUAGAGUAUCUAUUAAAAAUAGAUGCAAAGAAUGUCUUAUUAGCAGAAGGUAUGGAUGUUAACACUAAAAAUAAAGAUGGAGAAACUGCGUUACAGAUGGCUACUAAAAAUGGUCAUCAAGGGGUAGCAAAGGCUCUAUUAGCAGCAGGUAUGAAGGAUCACCCCAGCACUAAAGUAGAUAAAACACAAAUACAAGAAAAUCCCGCCUUAAGUGAAGAACCAUCUUUUUAGCACGUAAUUAACGUGUCAAUUGCAAUUUUGUCGUAUC